UUUCCUUCUCUUCCAUUUCCAUCAUCACUUGUUCAAUUUCUCUACCACCUAACAAGUGGGAAAAAAAAAACACUGCAUUUCCACAAGCUAAGAGUACUAGCUAGAAAUGGCCCCAGCUGCUGCAGUGAUGAGUAACUACCAAGAGGAGGAGAUUGUUCGUCCUGUUGCUGACUUCUCACCAAGUCUUUGGGGUGAUCGUUUCCAUUCUUUCUCCCUUGAUAAUCAGGUUGCGGAAAAGUAUGCUCAGGAGAUUGAAACGUUGAAAGAGCAAACAAAGAGUAUGUUGUCAGCAGCGUGUGGAGCAACAUUGGUUGAUAAAUUGAAUUUGAUAGAUAUUGUUGAGCGCCUUGGCAUAGCUUACCAUUUUGAGAAACAAAUAGAAGACAUGUUGGAUCACAUUUACAAAGCAGAUCCUAACUUUGAGAGUCAUGAAUACAGUGAUUUAAGCAAUUUAUCCGUUCUGUUUCGACUACUGAGACAACAUGGUUACAAUAUCUCUCCAGAACUUUUUAGCAGAUUCCAAGAUGCAAACGGCAAAUUCAAGGAAUUUCUUUGCAAUGACAUCAAGGGUAUUUUGAACUUAUAUGAAGCUUCACACGUAAGGACUCAUGGAGAAGACAUCUUAGAAGAGGCACUUUCAUUUUCCACUGCUCAUCUUGAAUCUGCAGCUCCACAUUUGAAGUCACCUCUGAGUAAACAAGUGACGCAUGCCCUUGAGCAAUCUCUCCAUAAGAGUAUUCCAAGAGUCGAGACACGCUACUUCAUCUCCAUCUACGAAGAGGAGGAAUUUAAGAAUGAUGUGUUGCUUCGAUUUGCAAAAAUGGAUUUCAAUUUACUUCAGAUGUUGCACAAACAAGAAUUAUGCGAAGUAUCUAGGUGGUGGAAAGAUUUGGAUUUUGUGACAACACUUCCAUAUGCUAGGGACAGAGCAGUUGAAUGCUACUUUUGGACGGUGGGAGUGUAUGCUGAACCUCAGUAUUCUCAGGCUCGUGUCAUGCUUGCUAAGACUAUAGCAAUGAUUUCAAUAGUAGAUGACACGUUUGAUGCUUAUGGCAUUGUAAAAGAACUUGAGGUCUACACUGAUGCCAUACAGAGGUGGGAUAUUAGCCAAAUUGAUCGGCUCCCUGAUUACAUGAAAAUUAGUUACAAAGCACUUUUAGAUCUCUACAACAAUUAUGAAGCAGAGUUGUCAAAGGAUGGUAGAUCUGAUGUUGUUCACUACGCGAAAGAAAGAAUGAAAGAAAUCGUGAGAAACUAUUUUGUCGAAGCAAAAUGGUUCAUUGAAGGAUAUAUGCCGCCAGUCUCUGAGUAUCUUAGCAAUGCAUUAGCUACUAGCACUUAUUACUUGCUUACGACAACAUCCUACUUGGGCAUGAAGUCUGCAAACAAGGAAGAUUUUGAAUGGUUGGCCAAGAACCCUAAAAUUCUUGAAGCCAAUGUGACAUUAUGUCGAGUCAUUGAUGAUAUAGCCACCUACGAGGUUGAGAAGGGUAGAGGUCAGAUUGCAACUGGAAUUGAGUGCUACAUGAGAGAUCAUGGUGUAUCAACAGAAGAGGCAAUGGAAAAAUUUCAAGAAAUGGCUGAGAUAGCGUGGAAGGAUGUAAAUGAAGGAAUUCUACGACCAACUCCCGUCUCUACACAGAUUCUCACUCGUAUUCUCAAUCUUGCUCGCAUUAUUGAUGUCACUUACAAGCACAAUCAAGAUGGAUACACUCAUCCUGAAAAAGUACUAAAACCUCACAUUAUUGCCUUGUUAGUGGACUCAAUUGAAAUUUAAAUCAUCAAUUGUUGCGUACAUUUGGGAGCACUUUGUUCCUGGCCCCUCAAAUAAGUAUUUGAUCUACAUUUGACAGAUGCCUUGUUGGUAUCUCUGUAGCUAGCUAGGGUAGGAAUUGCUGGCGAUGCAUGUUAUGGUGCAGUGAAGUUAACUCCUCCAAUUUUCUUGAAUCAUCAUUGACAUUUGAAUUCUAUUACUUCUUUUAAUGUACCUACUUUCUUUUAGCUAGACAAUUCCGAAAAUGGUGUGAAAGAAUACGCUUCAGCAGUUGCAAUUCAACCACAAGGAAAUGAAAUGUCAAAUAAUAAUAAAAAAAUUCAAAGUAUCAAUUACUGACACGAAGUAAAUUAUAAUCACCAUAUUCUCAAUCAUGAAACUACUUAUAAGACGAAUUGUGAUACUAUACCGAGACUGAUUGUACAAAAUUCUGCAUACGCUAAAGCAAACAAAACAAAUGUCAUCAAAAAAAUAAAUAUUAUUGACUGACCAUUUCAUAAUUUUAGCAAUUCCUUUUUUUUUUGAGUUCUUGGACAUUAUAUUCAUAAACAAGGAAAUAAAAAUGGAGAAAAAGAGAGAUUGUCGGGGGAGGAGAGCCAGGGAAGAGGCUGUGCAUGGAAUGGGCAACUAGUAAAAUUGCACAUCUCAUGCGCUGCCUCGUCCCUGUCUAUCCUCUCCACCUUUGAUAUUCCACACCACAGUUUACCUCAA